AUGAUGCUCGUCGGUGAUACCUUUGGCUUCUAUCAAUUAGUGCUUAGAAAACAUUCAUGCAGGCUUCGCUACAUCCUUCAUCAAUUAAAUAGUGGUCAAUUACCGUUAGAGGAUCUGAAGCGAAACAUCGAAUAUGCAGCGUUGGUACUGGAAACUGCUUAUAUGGAUGAAACCAGGCGGAUAUGCGAUGAAGACGAUGAUCUGGCCGAAGUCACCCCGGAAACCGUCCCUGACGAGGUUCGAGAAUGGCUAGCAGCAACAUUCACACGACAGAAUGCUGGUAAAAAGCGAGAAAAACCAAAAUUCAAAUCGGUAGCCAAUGCAAUUCGAACUGGUAUUUUCUUUGAUAAGCUUUUCCGCAAACAACAAACCGUUCAAUGCCCAAUUCCUCCUGAAAUAUCCGAACUACUUAGGGAGAUCAAUUCGUGGUCUUUCAAUCCAUUCAAUUUGAAUGAGGUUUCCGAGGGACAUGCAUUGAAAUUUGUCGGAUUUGAAUUAUUCAAUAGAUAUGGCUUUAUGGACAGAUUUAAGAUACCUCUUCCCGCACUGGAAAACUAUCUACAUGCUUUGGAACUUGGUUACAGUAAGCACAAUAAUCCUUACCAUAAUGUCGUUCAUGCUGCUGAUGUUACUCAAUCAUCUCAUUUUAUGCUCACACAAACUGGUCUUGCGAACAGCCUCGGCGAUUUGGAAUUGCUCGCUGUAAUAUUUGGUGCAUUGAUUCACGAUUAUGAGCAUACUGGUCACACCAAUAACUUCCAUAUUCAAUCCGGAUCCACCUAUGCUCUUCUCUACAACGAUCGUAGCGUCCUCGAAAAUCAUCACGUCUCGGCUUGCUUCCGUCUUAUGAAGGAAGAAGACAAAAACAUUUUUAACCACCUUACCAGAGACGAAUACAGAGACCUGCGAAAUAUGGUAAUCGAAAUCGUUCUAGCUACAGAUAUGUCCACCCAUUUUGUACAAAUCAAAACAAUGAAAAAUAUGCUGUCAUUGCCGGAGGGGAUCGACAAAAACAAAGCAUUGUGUCUGAUUGUGCACGCGUGUGAUAUUUCGCAUCCGUCAAAACCAUGGGUACUCCACGAAAGAUGGACAGAAGGAGUGUUGGAGGAAUUUUUCAGACAAGGAGAUCUCGAAGCUUCCAUGGGUCUACCGUACUCCCCGUUGUGUGAUCGACAUACCGUACACGUGGCAGACAGUCAAAUUGGUUUUAUCGACUUCAUCGUCGAGCCAACUAUGGUCGUAUGUGGAGAACUGCUUACAAAAAUGGUUGAACCAUUAGUAUCACUUCCACCAAGUGACAGCCUUUUCCCUCCUAAUGGUGACCAGAACGAAUCCACCAGCCCUAGCGUGGCGCUUAGUCCUCUACCCGAUGCGAGAAAUUCGGCAGUGUCUCCUUCGUCAUUGAUUCGUCGUCUUCCAUUGAACUACUGCGGAAAACUUGACAUUCCUACACCAUGGAUGAAGUUUUUGCAUGAAAACAAAGCUAGUUGGAAGGAAAGAGCAGCUAAAGAAGAAGAAGAAAGAAAGCGAGCAGAAGCCGAGAAAGCAGCUGCUGCAGCGCUAGACAAUGGAGAUGCAAAAGAAAAUGGCAAGCCGUAG